UAUUCUCCUCAUCCAGAUUACAGGGCCCGAUAAUAAGGGGAUUUAUAAAGGCGACCGAGAGUCCAGUGGAAAAUACACAUUUGCUGCCCACAUGGAUGGAACUUACAAGUUUUGCUUUAGCAACAGGAUGUCCACCAUGACUCCCAAGAUAGUGAUGUUCACUAUUGAUAUUGGGGAAGCUCCAAAGGGGCAAGACAUGGAGACAGAAGGUGGUGGAGAUACCUGGGAUGCUCAUCAGAACAAGCUAGAAGAAAUGAUUAAUGAGUUAGCAGUGGCCAUGACAGCUGUAAAGCAUGAACAAGAAUACAUGGAAGUUCGUGAGAGAAUACAUAGAGCAAUUAAUGACAACACAAACAGCAGAGUGGUCCUUUGGUCAUUCUUUGAAGCUCUUGUACUAGUUGCCAUGACACUGGGACAAAUCUACUAUCUGAAGAGGUUUUUUGAAGUCCGAAGAGUUGUUUAAGAAUGCUUUCCCUGAUCCUGGAUUUCAGUUCACUGUCUACCAAACAACUUGGUCACAAAAGAAGUCAUUUAGUUUCUAAACCCUCUUUACUGAACUUUAAAACUUAUUUGCUUAUGUUUCUUCCUAGUUAAAAUGAAAUGUUUUUAUAUAUCUUCUGUAGCAAAAGCUGUGCUAAAAUCUCAUCACUUAAUUGGCCUAAUUUUUUCACUGAAAUCUGCCUAGUCUGUAUGCUAAGCGAGGUCCAAGCAGGCUGCAAAUGCUGUAAUUCAACUGUAGUAGUAAGCAAUGUUGGUGUCUUUUCUCUCUUUUUUUUCUGUUUCCAUCAGUUCUUGCAGUUCUAUCUAGGGAAACGGUACAUGGCCCUAAUGUGACUGUUGGCGUUUUUGACAUCUUUAACCCUGCAGUAGAUGUUAUGAAAUCUAAAGAAUCUUUUUUUGCCUAUACAAACUGCCAAGGAGAAACAAUUGGGACUCUGUUCUGAAAGUGAAUAGAAGACAGCUGACUACUUCCAAUCUAGUAUGUGUACCUAGUUACUGAUUAAAACUUCUUCAGUAACUAUCUUAAUUAUAUCAACUUGUUUCCUAAGUUCUUUUUAAAUUAAAUACUUGAUAUCACAAUGCAUUCUCUCCUCUCAUUACCAAAUGUUCAUCAUGUGGUUUUCAGUUUUUCACGGGUUUAUAUCGAAGCCAAUUGUGUGCAGUGUUCUGGCAAACAGUAGUGAACCCCUUGGUUUCUGCAGGUCCAAAGCUCAGAGUGUUGGCACUAUCACACAGUGCUUUAGUGUUCGGAAAAACUGGAUUCCUGAUGCCAAAGGGUUAAUGGUUCUGGGGGUUUAUUACAAUGCUAUGCAGCCCUUAUAUUUAAGUGGCAGUCUCUGCCAUUUUCUGGUCAUAAUUAGCAUAAAGCUGAAUACUGGUGUGUUUUCUUUUUCAGGCACAUGUAGAUUUUUGUUUUUGUAUAAAGUUACUUUUCUUGGUAUCUGAUGAUGGGUUUAAAAAUUAAAGAAGUGUCUGGUGUGGGUGCUGAGCCAGGAUUAUGUUGUGACUGAUGUAUAUUAGUUGUAAUCAUUUUUGGGGCGGGGUGGGGUUUUUUUCCAGGGGUAGCCUCUACAAGUAACACACAACAGUUUUGUACAAUUAAUUUAAAAUUUGUUACAGGUUUUCAUGUUCCAGGUAAAGUUUUUUCAACCUUGGGCAAACACUUGCAGCAGUUCCUCAGAAAGGUGGCAAUUACACCUUAUUGUGACUGUUGUGUGCCAAUAUUUUUGUGUAAAAAGAAGAACCACUCAAAUUGAAUUCAAGGAUGUACAUUUAAAAUUGCUUGUGAAUCUAAAUAUGACCCAGGUUCGAUAAAUAAACAAAAUUCUUUAAGAAAAG